CAGUAAAAGACUCAAGGAGUCACGUGUUGUGUUCGCACACCUAAAACAGGAGAGGAGCGAGAUAGGAAGACUGAUCUUUUCAUUUCAAAGCCAGCAGUGUCGUAAUCCACCCACCGAGACGACGACCAUGAACUUCCGUGCAAAACAAAUUUUCGUCUUUCUGACGUCGGCGUUGUUUCUCGAUGUUGCUGCAGACCUUCAUGCUCCGGAAGUCCACACAAAGUUGGGGGCCCUUAGAGGUCAGUAUGUGAGUGUAAAGGGAAAGGAAACCGGGGUCCACGCCUACCUGGGAGUCCCAUUUGCCAAGCCACCCAUAGGCCCUGCUCUGAGACUGGCUGCCCCCCAGCCUGCAGAGGGAUGGGAAGGAGUGAGAGAUGCCACCCAGCAGCCACCCAUGUGUAUUCAAGUGAAGCAGUUAUCUAUAGAUGUCAUUGCUAAGUAUGGUGCCGUGUCAGUUGAUGUCCAAGACAUUUCAGAGGACUGCCUUUACCUCAACAUUUACACUCCUGCAAAGAAAGCUCCCGGUACCAAGAUGCCAGUCAUGGUCUGGAUUCAUGGUGGAGGGUUUAUCUUUGGGGCCGCUUCACUGUAUGACGGCUCUGCCCUGGCUGCCUAUCAGGACGUGGUUGUGGUUGUUAUCCAGUACCGCUUGGGAUUUCUGGGCUUUCUCAGCACCGGAGAUGAGCACAUGUCGGGGAACUUUGGAAUGCUGGACCAAGUAGAAGCUCUGAGGUGGGUCCAGCAGCACAUUCAUAACUUUGGAGGAAACCCAGAUUUGGUCACCAUAUUUGGAGAGUCUGCUGGUGGAGUGAGUGUGUCCCUCCUGCUUUUAUCACCAUUGUCUGAUGGCCUGUUCCACCAUGCCAUUGCUGAGAGUGGAACUGCUGCAAUCGGACUACUCCUCGCAAAUGAUCCUGUCCCUGCGAUGCAGGUGGUAGCAAAUAAAACUGGCUGUAGUCUCGAAAGCACAGAGAAGAUCGCUGAUUGCAUCAGAAACCUCGAUCUUGACACAAUUCUGUCGACUGUGCAGGAUGUGGCACUGAGGAUUCCAUUGAAUGUUGAUGGAGUCUUCCUGACAAAACCGGUGGAUGAGCUGUACCACACACAUGAACUCCUCACCAUACCAUUCAUGACCGGCGUCAAUAGCGAUGAAGGGGGCUGGUCAAUUUCUAGCUUCUUUGCUCCUCCAAACUGGACCGAGGGAAUGGAUCGGGAGCACGUUGAGAACUUGCUAUUCAUGUUCUACCCUGAUCCCAAAGAUAUGUUCUUCAGAGAUUUGAUCACAGAUGAAUACACUGGAAGAGGGGAAGAUCGUCUGAAAAAUAGAGAUGGGUUCACUAAGAUUAUUGGAGACAUGAUAUUCAUCAUUCCAGCCAUCAAGACUGCUAAUGCCCAUAGAGAUGCUGGUGCUCCCGUGUAUCUGUAUGAGUACAAGCAUGCUCCCACAUUCCUGCAGGCUAUGAGGCCAAGCUUUGUUGGCAGUGACCAUGCAGAUGAGAUCUUUACAGUAUUUGGAUUGUGCUUCACAACCACCCACGUCAAAAUAAGCGUGGCAUGCGAUGAAGUGGAGGAACAGCUGAGCAGAAUCAUGAUGAGCUACUGGGGAAACUUUGCUCGCACUGGGUGUCCCAAUGGUGACGGCCUCGUCCACUGGCCAAAGUACGGAGCAGAAGAAGGAUACUUAUCAAUUGAUGCAAAGGAGCAGGCAACUGGUCAUCAGCUGAAGAAAGACCAGUUUGUCUUCCUGACUCAGACUCUCCCGGAGAAGAGCCGAGAAUACAAAGAGAAGCUGGAGCGCAACGAGCUGUAGAGCAGUAGCCUCUCCUUUCUCUGUGCCGCCCUUCUUUAUCAAUUGAUUUAAUUAGAAAAAUAUAGAAAUAACGUGAUACAUUAAUGUGAUAAUUGUAUUUAGGAGAGGACUCCCUUUUCAAAAUGCAUCUUUGGUUGUUUUUCAAAUUCCAUGUGAACUUUCAUGACAGGGAGCAUUAAACUUAGUUGGGAGAAUACUUUUGACCUGUGUUUAUCGAACAUCAGUUGGAAUUCGAGCUCUACUAAAAGCCCAAGAGGAAAUAUGUCGUAAGAUACCUCUGUGUUUGGCCAUAUAUUUAGUAUCUGGAUUUCAAUGUAAAUUAAAAUAAAUAAUAUGAAUCUUCUGGAAUUGUGUGGAA